AUGUGCGGACGAAUAUUUCAGAUUCAUAACAUUGCUCAAUUAUUGCAAUUUGCUUAAACAAGAAGGGUUAGGAAUGUUGCCAAUUUUAACCCAACUUAUAACAUGGGACCAACAAAUUAUAUCCCGGCUAUUCGACAUGUUGAGGAUGAUGACAAUUUCUAAGAGUACGAAGAACCAAAUAAUGUGGAAUAAGAAAUGAAUUAAUCUUCAGACAUUGAACAAUAGAUUGAGGAGUAAAGCUAAGAAGUUAUCGAAAAAUAAAAGAAUAAAAGAGGACUUGAUUUUUUUAAAUGGGGAUUCUAAACAAAGUUCAAUCUUAUCAUCAAUGCCAGAAUAGAAGAAAUGCAUGAGAAACAUACCUUUAAACCAUUCUUAGAUAAAAAAAGAUGUGUUAUAAUUGCUGAUGGAUACUAUGAAUGGAAUAAGAAAAAGGAGCCAUUUAAAUUCUCUACAAAUAAACCCUUAUAUUUAGCAGCUAUGUACACAGAUGAUGAUGAAAUCUUCGUUUUAACUAGAGAUGCUUUUGGAGAAUAUGCUAAGGUACAUGAUAGAAUGCCUGUCCUAUUAGAGGAUGACGAAAUCGAUCUCUGGAUCAAUCCAAAAGUAGGCUUCUUUGACAUUAUAGACAAGAAAAUUUUGAAUUCCCAAAAGAAGAUUUGGGGAUAAGUACAAGUCACCAAAGUUGCUCCAUAUGUUAAUAAUAUAAAAGAAAAAAGUGAAAAAUGUUUAAUCACACUCGAGGAGUACAAGGAUCAAUAAUUUAAAAAUGGAAUUGGCAAGUUUUUUUAAAAGAAACAAACCUAAACCACAUAAGAAACACAAGAACCCUAAGAUAAAACAAAAGAAAAAAUAACUAAAUCUUUAGAUGAUUGA